ACAAAUUGAAAAUAAAAAUUUAGAAGAUGAGCGUACAAAGUUAUUACAACAAUUACAAACAGCAAACGAUGCAAUUGGUAAAAAUGACGAUCAUUUAACAAUGUUACAGCAACGAUUACAAUUAAAAGAAACUGAAAAUCAUUGUUUGCGUAAAGAAAUCGAUGGCUUAAAAAAAGAUCUUAGAUCACAAGGAUCGAUGACAUCUUCAAGUGAAGUUCGAUUAAAUCGAGCUUUAGAAGAAAUUGAACGCUUAAAGUAUAAUAUAAAAGAGAAUAAAAUGGAACUUAAGGAAGCUCGAGAAAGUAAUGGCAAAGAAUUACAAGAGUUACGGAUAAAAAAUAAACGCUUGGAAAAUCAAAAAGCAGAUUUAUCCAAUGCUGUCAAAAAGCAAUCUUUAUUAAUUGAUAAUUUAAAACGGCAAAAAUUACAUCUUGAAGCAAGCAAACUAUUAAAUAUUACCGAAGAGGAAUUUCUAAAAAUAUUAGAUUGGACUAUAACAAGUAAAAGCGAUUCGCCAAAAACUGUUACAAAAGAUGUUAAAGUCCAUAACAAAGUUGAUGACGUUAAAGUUGAAGAAGUGAAUUGUCAAUAA